AAGAGGCGAACGGCCGUUUGUUGACAUCAUCUGAAUGUCGCAGAAUCGGUGAGGUUGUUUGGAGUCUCGUUUGGUUUAGGCGGGGAUGUUUGUUUUUUCGAAUAAUCGCGUCCGUAUCGCCCGGAAAUAAAAACCUCCUCGAUCGCGUUUCUGCUUCGCUCCCGUCGGCGAAUGAAAGUGACGCGGGUUUAAAGGUCACCGCGCCGUGACGUCGGCUUUCGAUUCAAAUUAAAGCCGACCGUAUUGUGUGUGCGAAAUGACGCAAACCGCGUGACGUGUUAUCGUCGGAAAGAAAUCCAGAGCAGUUGCGGUAGGUUGCUCGACCGACGGUGCCGCAAUUGUCGAGAAUUCUCGCGAGAUGACCCCUCUGAAUGAGGACGCGGGCAGGAAGCGGAGCCCCGCCGACUUCUUCUUUGGCAAAGUGAUCGGCGAGGGCAGUUUUAGCACCGUGUACCUCGCCAAAGAUGUCCACACCAGCAGGGAAUUCGCGAUCAAGGUAUUAGAAAAGGCCCACAUCAUCAGGGAAAAGAAAACCGAGUACGUCAUGCGAGAGAAGGAGGUGUUGCGGAUCCUGGGCAGUUCGUGUUCAUAUUUCGUGCAUUUGUACAGUACGUUCCAGGACCGCGAGCGGCUGUAUUUUGUGCUGACUUACGCCAAAAACGGCGAACUUCUCAAACACAUUAACCACCAUAAAAAAUUUAAUUUCGAAUGCACGAGAUACUACGCGGCCGAGCUGGUCCUCGCCCUGGAGUAUUUGCGCUCCAAGGGCAUCGUCCAUCGCGACCUGAAGCCCGAGAACAUCCUGUUCGACGAGAACUUCCACCUGUUGGUGACCGAUUUCGGCAGCGCGAAGAUCGAGAGGUCGGAGGAGGCGGGCGAUGACGAGAAAAGUCUGCAGCGCAGGCGCAGUUUCGUUGGCACGGCCCAAUUCGUCAGCCCCGAGAUGCUCAAGGACUCGACGUCCUCGUACCCGUCCGAUCUGUGGGCGCUCGGCUGCAUUGUUUUCCAGAUGGCGGCCGGCGAGAUGCCGUUCACGGGCCCCACCGACUAUCUAAUUUUCGCCAAGGUCGAAAAUCUGGACUAUGUGUUCCCCGACGGCUUCGACGAGAGAGUAAAAGACUUCGUAGAGAAAUUGCUAGUUUUAGAGCCUAACAGAAGACUGGGUGCUUUGGACGCGGUUCCCUAUACAAGCCUCCGGGAGCACCAAAUAUUCGCCGGCCUCGACUGGGACGAUUUGGGGCCACCUCCAAAGCUCUCCGACGCGUCGUACAUCAUAGAGGAGCCGGGGGGCGCGGUGCCCGACCACAUGGAGCCUGGUUUGGACUCUGAAAAAGUGUCGAAGUUAGUUUUGACGGACAUGAUUCCCGCGCUCAAAAAAUCCGAGCCGGGCCGCAAAAUAACCGACCUCAGCCCCGAGGAGAUCGAGAAAAGACUGCUGCUCCAAGCGACGAACGCUUACAACGAUUUCGUCGGGGGCCAUCUCAUCCUGAAGCAGGGUUUAUUGGAUAAGCGAAAAGGCCUGUUUCCGAGGCGGCGGAUGUUCCUUUUAACGCUGGGGCCCCACUUGUACUACGUCGACCCCGUCACGAUGACGCUAAAGGGCGAGAUACCGUGGAGCGAGGAUCUCAAGACGGAGGCGCGAAAUUUCAAGACGUUUUUCGUUCACACGCCGAAGCGCAAGUACUACCUCGAAGAUCCGGAAGGCUACGCCCCGGAAUGGUGCAAGGCGAUCGAGCAGGUCAAGGAGCACUAUUUCCCCCCGGGACAAAAAUUAGCCUAGUUCAAAUUUGUUAUAUUUCGAACGUUUUCGUUUUUACUAGCGUGAAUUUUACAUUUCUUUUCCUUUCGAAUAAAAACGUACUCCCUCCCCCCCCAAAAAAAAAA